AUGGGCGCGGCCAACAGCGUGCGCAAGCUCACGGUCGACAGCAUCGCGUUGCUCGAGCAGCUCGAGCCCACCAGGGCCGAGGUGGCAGCCAAACGUGCCGUGCGGCGCUGCGUGCAACACCUGCUUCAACAGCAAUGGCCCACCUGCCGCGUGUUGCCUUUUGGCUCGUCGGAAAGCAAUCUAGGCUUUGGCGGGUGCGACGUCGACCUCGCGAUCUACUUCCACGAUGGCCACGUCGACGCGCUUGGCGAAUUGCCGCUGGCGCAGCGCGUGGAGCUCCUGACGACCGCGAGAGAGCGACUGUCGCGCACGUUUCAGGUCCAGGCGUUUGUCCGCAGUGCACGUGUCCCGGUCCUGAAGCUCUGGGACCCAAAGCGAGAGGUGGCGUGUGACGUGUGUGUAGGCGGCGCGAGUGCGCUGCUGAACACGGCGCUGCUCAAGUACUACGCACAGGCGGACCCUCGCGUGCGGCCGCUAGUGUUUGCAGUCAAGUACUGGGCCAAGCAGCGGGGAAUCAACGACGCGGUCAAUGGGACACUGAGCUCUUACGGUUAUACGCUGUUGCUGAUCUUCUACUUGCAGUCACGAUAUGCAGACAUGGAGCUGCCAGCUGUACACGCUGCUUUUCAGGAUGUGCAGUCGCAGACCACUGUGUGUGGACUGCUAGAACAGCUGCAGUCGAUGCCUCUGAUAGACGUGUCGUCCACGUUUGGCACGUCUGACAUGAACUCGGUUGGAGCGUUGCUUGCUGGCUUUUUCGACUUUUAUGCACAUCGCUUUAACUUUGAGCUCGACGUGGUGAGUAUCCGCGUGGGAAGCGCCUUAUUGAAGACGACCAAGUGGAGUCACGCCGUGUCCUGGCGACUGAGUAUUGAAGACCCGUUCGAGGUGGCGCACGACGUGGGACGCGCUGUUUUCCAUCGCAAGGGCCAGGAUCUGAUUCGGUCGGAGUUUAAACGCGCGAGUGAUCUCGUGAGCGCAGAUUGUCGUCUCGAGGACAUUUGCGUGUCUGAUGCGACCGCGUGGAACUUUGUUGCAACGUGCUACGUUUGCUACAGCAGGGACCAUCCCACCCGGGACUGCGAUCAAUGUGUUCGUCAGAAUUUGGCAGGUGGUGGCGGCUACAACACGGUCUCACGCUUCUCAGACUGCUGGUACUGCGGACAGCAAGGUCACUACAAAGCAGAGUGUCCGAUGCUAUUCUUCCGUGACAUUCCACGUCCGGUCGACGUGGCAAGAACGAUGCUCGAGAACACCUCGACCGUUCCGCUUGUGCCGGUAACUUCACCCAUCGCGAUCCCAGCGACUUCUGCACCAACAGUGGUAUUGUCUCGUAUCUGCAAGGAGCGCCCCUGGGAGCGUGGCCUCAGUCCGAGUAAUUCACCGAUGCUUCGUCUGUCGAUGAAGAAGAAGCGAGCGCGUCACAGCUCGACGUCGUCAGCUUUGUCUUCUCCACAGACAUCGUCUUGGGUUUGGUCAUUAAAUGGCUUGUCGCACGCGGAAAAGCGACAACAGCAGCAGCGUUCUCAGCAGCAGAAGUAUGAGCAGCAACGUCGCGAAUUUGCGCUGCUACAUCUAUCGCGUAGGUGCGGAGACCGCAACACCCGCUGUGGCAAGGCACAGGUUAGCAAGGUGGUCUGCUCUUCCUAG